CGGUGCCGAACAGCCAUGAACUGCCGUUUAUUGGGACCGGGAGCCCUGGUUCUGUUCGCGGUCCUUGUAACAGAGUGUUUGGCCAGGAAUGAGGAAGAGCGGUUGAUUCAACAUCUGUUCAAGGAGAAGGCUUACAACAAGGACCUCCGGCCCGUAGAAAAACAGGGCGAAGCUGUCGUUGUGUACAUCGCCCUCACACUCUCUAACCUCAUCUCUCUGAAAGAGGUAACCGAGACUCUGCUCACCAAUGUGUGGAUGGAACAUGGCUGGUAUGACACCAGGCUGUCUUGGAACACCACUGAGUUUGAUGAUAUCGAUGUCCUGCGCCUCCCGCCCAGCAUGGUGUGGCUGCCGGAGAUUGUCCUAGAGAACAAUAACGAUGCCCAGUUCCAGGUGGCGUACUACUGUAACGUAUUGAUCAAUCCGGAAGGCUAUGUGUACUGGCUGCCGCCAGCCAUCUUCAGAUCCUCCUGUGCCAUCAACGUCAACUACUUCCCCUUCGACUGGCAGAACUGCACUCUCAAGUUCACCUCCCUGACCUACAAUGCUAAGGAGAUCACCAUGCAGCUGAAAGAGGAGAUGGAAAAUGACAAGUCCUACAAGGUGGAGUGGAUCAUCAUAGACCCUGCAGGGUUCACAGAGAAUGGAGAGUGGGAGAUCAUUCAUAAACCGGCCCGUAGGAACACCUAUAAGAAUAUCCCUAUAGAGAGCAACAAGCACCAGGACAUCACCUUCUAUCUCAUCAUCAAACGCAAACCUCUGUUCUAUAUCGUCAACAUCAUAAUCCCCUCUGUUCUCAUCUCCUUCAUGGCUACACUGGUCUACUACUUACCAGCUGACAGUGGGGAGAAGAUGACUCUGUCCAUCUCGGUGCUGCUGGCUCAGUCUGUGUUCCUGCUGCUGAUCUCACAGAGACUGCCGGAGACCUCCAUGGCUAUACCACUUAUUGUCAAGUAUCUGAUGUUUAUCAUGGUUCUGGUUACGGUGGUGGUGUUGCACUGUGUGGUGGUCCUCAACCUGCACUUCAGGAGCCCCAGUACACACAUCAUGACAGAGUGGACUAGAGAGUUCUUCCUGGAGAGGUUGCCCCGCCUGCUGAGGAUGUCCCGCCCUGCAGAGUCAGAGUCUAGCUGGGAGGGGGCGUUGCCAAGGCGAUCUAGCUCCGUUGGUUACAUUGCUAAGGCGGAAGAGUACUACAGUGUGAAGUCACGCAGCGAGCUGAUGUUUGAGAAACAGUCUGAGAGACAUGGGCUGGCCACACGGGCUACACCUGCGGCAGCUGUGAAGCCCCAGUCAGAUGGAGAGGUGACAGAGCAGCUGUACUCUGAGAUGAAGCCUGGUGUGGAUGGAGCCAACUACAUUGUCAAACACAUGCAUGACAAGAAUGACUACAACGAGGAGAAGGAUAACUGGAGUGGUAUAGCUCGUACGGUCGACCGUCUGUGUCUGUUCCUGGUCACCCCAGUCAUGACAGCAGGCACCAUCGUCAUCUUCCUCAUGGGUAUCUACAACCACCCGCCGCCCCUGCCCUUCGAGGGAGACCCCUACAACUACCUGGAGGAGAACAAGCGCUACGUCUGAUACACACCAACGCUUACACACGUUCGCACACAUGUGAAGUGUGGUUCUGCUGUUUGUUCACCUUCACCUUCACUAACACAUCCGCAACCGCCCAAAUAUAAAAUAUGAGGCCUGCCCCCAACCCUAACCCACAAAUAUAGAAAAUGCACUGUGGACCUACAGUCAGAUGGCAGAACUAUUUUUGGACAGGCCUUUUUAUAUAGGCCUAUGUUUCUGCUUAUCAUUUCCAACAUUUUGGUAGGUUAUUUGUUAGUCAACUUGUUUGUAAUUAGAUAGGCCUAAAUGUAGCUCCUCUACUGUCAUUACUAGUUGACCUAGAAGACUAAGUAAUCCCUUAACCAAAAUGUAAUUAAUCCAUAGAAUUAAUGUUUCAGUCUACUUGACAUCGGUAAAGUUUGUUUUCUCGUUCAUCUCUGCUUCUUUUGCAGCAAAGACAUGUAGGGCCCGUGAGAAAAUUCUAUAACAACACAAAAAACGGGAAAGAUUUUUGCGAAAUUUCCAAAUGACAUCAGUUUGACCGGUUUUUAGAAAUAUAAAAGCUAUUAAAAAGACCCAACAUGUUUUUGAUAAGAUUUCAGUUCGGCUUGGAUGCAUAUUUUAUGUGAUUGAAAUGCUAUCAGCUUUUAUGAUGCUGAUAAAGAUAGCACCGCUACCUUCACAGACGUUCCCUAACCGUGCAUUCAUUCUCUCAAGAUCCUGAAAGAAAUACAGUGCAUUCAGAAAGUAUUCUGA